AUGAGGACUCCCACAGAGAACUCGAUGCAGCGAAUGUCGGGGCCUUUCACACUAGAGCUUCCCUUGGGAGCUCAGCUGGUCUAUCUAGCAGAGGGUGGUGCCAAUAUUGUAUAUCGGAUCAUUGCGCCCUCUGUGGAGAUAUCGAUAGGGUCAGAAAAGGCUCAUUAUGGUUCGGGGACUCCUCCACCUACCGAGAUAGAGGAUGUUGACGAUCGUCAGCCGUUAGAAGGAAAGCUGCUUCGAUUGCGUAAGCACAUAUCCUCAGGCAUUUCCUAUCAAGAAACCGCGCGCAACUUCGACAGGAUCAUUCGGCCUCUCUUCAGCCCAGAGGAACUUAUUGAUCAGACGCUGGUUAGGCUUCCGAAAGGGCUCAUUCAGAAAUGUAAUGAGCAGCUCCGCGCAGAUGAGAAACUCAGAAAACGCCCAAAAAAGCGUCACGGGGUUUAUCUAUCCACAACAGAGCCUUUUGGCCUUCUGAUUACAGAUAUGACUUGUAGUCAUGAUCCAAGAACCACUCUGGCGGAACUCAAGCCCAAGUGGCUCUUCCAGUCUCCCUCUGCUCCACCAAAUGCCAGGCGUUGUCGGACCUGCGCUCUACGCGAGAUGAAAAAUAGCGACGCUCGCAAGACUGGGGGUCAGGAAGAACAGUCAUUCUGUCCUCUCGAUCUCGUGUCGGAGAAUCCGGAGGAUGUGCUGCGUGCAACUCGCUUUAUUAAGGGCUGUGCAGACAGAUAUCGGUUGGCACGUUUCCUGUACCGGAAUAGUACAUUGCUGAAACUACGAGAACACCAGAGAGUCAUGAAAGAAGUAGGCCUCUCCGGGCAGCCAGCACAGUCGAAUGACAUGUCGCUUUCGAUGACCUUGCGGGACUGCACCAUGUUCAUCAAGAUGCCCUUUAGCGAAAAUGAACCGAUCGAGUCCCGCCUUGGGGAUCUGGAUCUCAAAACAGCUGCGGGAGGUAAAGCGCAGUAUUGGCUCGAUAUCGAGAAUCGCCUCAUCCGGGAGGGCUGGUAUCGUGGGGAGAGACGAGGCCAGGAACAGAGCGAAUGCGCCUUGGACCGCGUUCGUGGUGCUCUCAAGUAA